AUGGCAUUUGCUGUAAGUUCUACAUCCAAAACCAUAGACAUGGAUAAGAUGGUCAAUUCCAUGUCAAGAGAAGUAAAUUCCUUCUGGUCAAUGCAAGAUCCACCUGACGCUGGUACCAAAACAAGUCCUAUCUAUAGAGUACCACAACACAUUCGUGAGAUUGAUCGUAUUGCCUAUGAACCAAUUGUUGUAUCUUUUGGCCCUUAUAACCAUGGAUCUCAACACCUUCAAGCCAUGGAGAAGAGCAAAUGGGAGCAUUUAGACAGGGUAUUGAAAAUAAACUGUGAAAGAACUUUGAAUGAACACAUAAAAGCAAUUGCUGGAGUGGAGAAACAAGCUAGGAAAUGUUACUCUGAGGUAAUAGAAAUGGAGAGGAAGCGGUUUGUACAGAUGCUUUUGCUGGAUGCAUGCUUUCUACUGAUGAAUAUUGACGAAAAUGCUGGCACCAGAGUAUCAAAUUCAAGAAUUUUGGAGCAAAGCUCCAACCAAAAGGCAGUAGAGGGAGGAAAUAUCAUAGGAGAAGCAGUCACAAAUUUAAAAGAGCCAGCCUGCGGAGUUGGAUGCAGUACAAAUAGGGACCAUGGAUAUGCCAUGGAGCUGGAAAUGAGCAUGUUGGAAGCGAAUCAAGAAGGGAGAAACAUUGGAGUGGAGGAUGUGAACCACAGGGCAAACAUGGAGAACAUUGACCCCUUUGAAAGUUGGUUGACUAGCUCUGCAUGGCAUGGCGUGUUAUUGUUAGAGAACCAAAUACCCUUUUUCGUUGUCGAGUGCGUGUACGGACUGGUUGCAGGUCAAGGUACAGUUGAAUCGCUUCGAAGCAAAACUGCUGAAUUUGUAGAGGACAUCAUUGGUCAUUAUCCAAAAGCUAUACAAGAAUUCAACAGGCCCAAACAUUUCCAUCAUUUGCUCCAUUUGUGUCACAUGUACUUCAGACCUAGUGAGAAAAUGGACGAAGUGCACCAGUAUCGUGUCCCCAUGAAAGGGUUUUUUCAUCGUCUUUUACAUCUUGGACACAAAUGCAUUCCAGCUUGCCAUACCCCUUUUGAUGUUGAGAAAAACUUAGAGCAGAUGGAUUGCUUUCAAGCUGGAAAACUUUGGAGUCCCUGGCGUCGAGCAGUAGAAUACCAUCGAGCAGGAGUUCAGUUUAAGAGAAGGAAGUGGGAUGGACAAAGUAGACAUUCUCUCCUCGAUAUAAGGUUCAUGAACGGGGUUAUAGAAGUACCUUGUGUGCCUAUUGACGAAACUACUGAGCCCCUUUUCAAGAACCUGAUAGCACUUGAGCAAACAGAGCCCAAGUUUGGCAAUGAUUUCAGUGCUUACGUCACGUUCAUGUCCCAGGUUAUAGCUACAACUGAUGAUGCCACAAUGUUUGUAAAGAGCGGCAUCAUCGUGCAUAUGAUGGAUAGUGAUGAAGAGGUGUCGGCUCUCUUCACUAGAAUCACUAAACAAGUCGUGUUCAGAUUUGAUGACAGGUACUACUUAAAGUAUCUGUGUCAGAUCCUGGAGGUUCAUUACCAGAGUCGCAUAAAUAGGUGGAUAGCUUGGUUGUGGCUCAAUCACUUUGUAAACCCUUGGUUGGGCUUGGCCACGGUUGCUGCUGCAGUGGUGCUGGUCUGCACCAUCGUCCAUACCAUAUAUACCGUAUUGGCCUAUGUGAAACCUCCUGAUGCAUGA